UCGGAAUCUAUCCUCGGCACCGCUCGUUGACAACGGUGAACGUAAACAAACGCCAGAGAUGCGUGAAUUCAACACAAUCGCACGACCGUCGGAACAUGGAGAUUUGCUGGCAAAUAAAACCCUCUUUCCGGAUCCACCGUCGAGGGGACCGCUGACAGUGUAUCGUAAGCAGGCCACCGUCGAUUGGCGAAAAAUAAAGGUGGCCUUCAACGAUGUCACUUCGCUGGAGCUACAGCACCGGGUGUGGAGUUUUGCCAGUAAACACCCACUGUUUGCGCAUCCGCUGCAACCGCUUACCAUGGACGAAGAGCGCCAUCUGGCUACCAAGCGGAUGUAUGUGGUGCAAAACGAGAAGAUGUUCACCAUUAUCGACUACCUCGAGCGACCGGAUUUGGCCGCACACUAUCACCAAUCGUGGAUCGCCUACGAACCAAGCAUGGCCGUGAAGUACUCGCUCGGAUUCGGCAUGUUCCCGUCGGUCAUACGCACCCUCGACGUAGGCCGACUGGAUGAGAUUGUGGAGCGUAACGAGACAGGCGAGUACCUGGGUGCAUUCGGUUUGACCGAGAUUGCUCACGGGACGAACGCGAAGGGUAUGCGUACGACGGCCACGUAUGAUCCUGCGGCCGGCGAGUUUGUGCUGCACACGCCCGACUUUGAGGCGGCCAAAUGUUGGAUCGGCAACCUGGGCAAAACCUGUACCCACCUGAUCGUGUACGCUCAACUGUACACCGCCGAUGGUAAACAUCACGGCUUGAACGCUUUCGUGGUACCGGUGCGUGAUUCUUCCACCCUUAAAGCCUUCCCCGGGGUGACGGUUGGCGAUCUUGGUGCGAAGGCUGGCCUACAGGGCGUAGACAAUGGGUUCGUGAUGUUCCGACAGUAUCGCAUCCCGCGUGAAAACCUACUGUCUCGCACUGGCGAUGUUAACGAGGCGGGUGAGUUUGUGUCCCCGUUCAAGGAUGCCAGCAAACGGUUCGGCGCUUCCCUGGGGGCUCUCUCGGGGGGUCGCGUCGGUAUUUGUGGUAUCGCAAAUGUGUACCUCACCAAAGCGAUCACCAUAGCGCUCCGGUACUCGGCCAGCCGGAAACAGUUCGGACCGGACGACAGUGAGGAAGAGUGGCCCGUGCUUGAGUACCAAUCGCAGCAGUUCCGUCUGUUCCCGCAUCUGGCCAAUAACUUCGUGAUACGCGUGUUUAACCUUUGGUUUGCCAAAGCCUACGGAGACAUGCAGCUGAAGAUGCUCGGUGGAGAGAAUAUUGGUGGCGUUGGGAUGGAGGUGCACGCACUUUCGUCGGCCGCCAAACCCGUCUGCACGUGGGCCGCACGUGACGGCGUUCAGGAGUGCCGGGAGGCUUGCGGAGGUCACGGAUAUCUGAAGCUAUCAACUAUCGGCGAUUUGCGAGGCAAUAACGAUCCGAACUGCACGUACGAAGGGGAAAACAAUGUGCUCAUCCAGCAGGCGUCGAAUUGGUUGCUAAGUGUGCGAUCUAAAGGAUGGGACAAGUUUGCCGAAGUAUCACCCCUCGGUUCGGCACAGUUUUUAGCGCAUUCGGAGACUUUGCUCAAACGGCGACCGAACUGGACCUCAGCAGCCCACGCAGGGUCAAUUUCAAAUCAACUAGAAGCAUUGGAUUGGUUGGUCGCUUAUCUGCUGGAGGAAACGUAUGGAAAGUUAUCCAAUUUGAAGCGUCAAGGAAAGACAUCUUUUGAAGCCCGGAACGACUCCCAAUCCUUCUUCGCCAGAACGCUUUCAAUCGCUUACGGAGAGCGCAUGCUACUGUUCGUGUUUGCCAAGUUCCUGGCCGACCUUGAAUCCGGUCCGGAACGACAGGUGCUAGAGCAUCUCGGUGCACUUUACGGUGCCAACGUGAUCCUGCGUCACAUCGGUGUCUUCUACCAGGGUGGAUAUUUCUCCGCCCAACCGGGCGCAAUGGGCCUCCUACAGCAAGCGAUCCUCGAUCGACUGCCCGUAAUCAAGCGGGAUGCGAUCGCCCUGGUCGAUGCGAUCGCUCCGACCGACUUCAUCCUCAAUUCGCCGCUCGGCAUGAGCGAUGGGGACGUGUACCGACAUAUGGAGUCGGCCAUCAUGCAAGCGCCGGAGGCGCUCGAACGUCCCAAGUGGUGGCGCGACGUGGUACACCGAGAUUAUGUGCAACAGUCGAAGCUGUAAGCAACCGGUGGUGGAGUUUAUAUGGGUUCGCGGGAUAACAUUUUCGAUUAUAUUUUAAUGCGCUGUGGGUAUGGCCGGGCAAAGAAAAAUGGCAUUCGCUCAUAAUUUGGGCUCGAUCUUCCUUUUGUUAGGUUUUACUACGCAUAAUUUCGUUUCGACUUCUUUGGUAUUGUAGUUUGUUAUAAUUAUAUAGCGUUGUUUUUUUUUUGUAAUAAAAAAAAGACCAACUUCGAGCGGGCCCUUGGGUUAAGAUUUUAU